UCGAGGACGUUCCUGACAAUGUAUUUGCUUCGGUUAUGGAGAGCAACCAAAGAGAGUCUUACUUCGAAAUCACGUGGAACACAUAUGCCUUCGAAAGCGUAGACGAGGUUGACAUCGUUGUCUACGGCUACCGAGAAGACAAUGACGUGGAGUUUAGUGGACCUUUGGUUGUAGUGGCACUUGGAAUUGACUAUCAUCUCGGUCACCACAGUGUCUCAGGGUUACCAGACCUUGACAUUCAUUACGACGUCGGUGUUAUUGGGGUCAUGGAAUCUGAAGGUCAAGGAGGAGAUUCUAGUCGGGCUGCCCUCUGGAGCAGGGUCCAUGUUCUACAGUGGUUUAAUGGCGAUGACGUAACAUUUUGGUGCCAUGAUUGGAUCGGAAAAGAAGUUCGGUCUGAAUUCUACUUUCUAUACGUCACGCCCCCGUGCCCAUGUACACUUGACCAGGCCCAGAUCGACAUAGGAAGGUUCAGUCCGCAUCCGCUGUGUGAUAUUGACAUCUCGUCGCCUAGCAACUGCAUCCAUAAACCUGGGGCGAUGCACUGCGUACGAGCAAAUACACCAAGCCAACUAGGAGGGGGACAAGAGUGUUGCUAUGGUUUUGAUGGAAUGAUUAUCAAUGUCUUUAAUAGUCUGGGAGGGGGCUACAGUCAUCGAUACCACCAUGGGGGCGUCAACCCAUAUGGGGAACCUCAGAAGGUUCCAUAUCUGUCGCACUUCCUCGUCGACAUCUUGCCCUGGACAUACUGCUGUUCUUAUGGUGGACCCCAGCAUUCCGAGUGUACAUUUUUUGGAUUACUACGGCCUUCUCAAACUUGCAACAACUAUGUACCGCCUCCUCCAGCAUUGGGCAAUGGCGAUCCACAUAUUUCAACUCUUGACUCGACCACGUACACGUUCAACGGUCACGGUGAAUUUACUAUGCUGAACGCGCUGAAUGACAUCUUUAUCUUACAAGCAAGAGCGGCUCCUCUCGUUGGAACGUCCGAUGCAACGGUGUUUGUUGCCAUGGCAGCACGAUUUGGCGAUAGUGAUGUCAUUCAUGUUCAAACCAAUGAGCGCAGGGUUCUUGAUGCCUAUGUCCGACUAGCCGAGGAUGGACAAAACUUCACAAGGAUUGAUUUCGAUCAGGCUUCUCGGUGGUCAUAUUCAGGGGUCUCGGUAACUGGUCGCAACAUUACCUCAGAUGGAAUAAUUGUAGCUUUCGACGGAGGGGUAGGGCUGAAUCUAAAAGCAUCAGAGGGGGCAAUGAGCAUUCUUCUUGUAGCUCCAGAUUCCUUCCGGGGUCAGACGCAAGGCCUGAUGGGAACGUGGAAUGGCAAUCCCAGCGACGAUUUCUUAACUCCUCAAGGAUCUUUCCUCUCACCUAAUUUGACUACUGAGCAGUUGCAUUACCAAUUUGGAUUACUGUGGGAAAUCGAUGCAGCAGAAUCGUUGUUCUACUACGAACUGGGCACGGACCACGAAUCUCAUACCAACCGCAAUUACACUCCUGUCUUUGAGCCUGUCGCCAACCCUUCUGUAAACCAAAGCUUAGUGGUAGAGGUCUGCGGUGGGAACCCGUUCUGUAUCUUCGACUACCAGACAACGGGGUCGCAGAGUUUUGCCCAGAAUUCCGUGGAGGCACUCGUGCAGUAUCAGCAGGCGGUCGACAACAGAGCAUCGUUCGUGAGUUGCCCAACUCUUCCCGCUCCUGCUAACGGAAGUGCCAUCGUGACGACCUACAUGUCAGGGGGCGUGGCCAGAUUCGUGUGCGAUGCUGGCUUCGUACUAAGUCACGUGGUCAACUUAACCUGCCAAUCAGGUGGUACGUGGAGUGAUGGCGAUACCCCGGCGUGCAUCAUUGAGGCAUCCGGGCAGACAAUCCCUAUGACCUCUGACGUAACAAAGGGGCAUGUUACGGAAACUUUCAAGACUGCAAGGACGCCAACUGGUCAAGUUCUUUCGACGCCCGCAAUCAUCGGAAUAUCUUUUGGAUCGGUAAUUCUUAUCGUCGUGAUCGUGCUUAUCGUCGUUCAGAUCUGCGGACCAAAGAAACGUCCACCGUCCAUUAGCAAGAUGAACCCUGCAAUGGACCAGGCUGAAGUACAUGAAAACCCUACCUACGUCCAUGCUGAGUCUUCGCAGUGAACUUCGGUACAACGAGUGGAUCGACGCGUGAGGACAAAGCCACUGUUUUGUAAUCUCUGCAAAUGCAUGCAUAAGUGGAUAAUCAUAUCGACGCUUUUUGUAGGCUUUUUAUUUUUUCAUUAUUUGGAGAAAACAAAUCUCAGAAUAUGUUUUGUUGCUAUUACUCAGACAUAAAUGGCUUUGAUAUGGAGCAUAUACACUUUACUAUUAUACGCUAUUUGUGUAGCUCCGUAUUUUAAGUUUAUGAUUUAAAUCAAUUUCAACUGCCAAUAUGAACUAGAUAUUAAAGACGGCGCAGUGUUCGUCAAUAUAUAUUCUAAAUGAUAACCAUAUUCAUAACCAAUAUAUAUGUCAUACUUUAUAAUUAUGUCGUUAACAUAAUUUUGUUAAACGGUGGUUGCUGUAGGGUAGUAUCUUACCAUGACUCUCAAUAAACUACUCUUAGAUGCAGUAGGUUCGUUUACCACUGAAGCUGUUAUAUUCUGGUUUUAUCUCACGCUGUUUAAAUUCAGCCUUUUGAGAUUAGUUUCCUCUCUCAUUCCAUGUUUUCUUACCAAGAGGUGCAUGGCGCUGCACCUCUUACAGUGGUCCCAAAUGAUUCAGAUUGCUUAAUUAAAUAUUGAACUAAUUAAUUUGCAUAGAAGUUAUACUGUAAAAAAAAAAAUUAAUUUUCAUGACGUUGUGUCAGAAAAUAUUAAUAUGAAGUAUUACCUUUAGCUUUUGUCUUUAUUGAAAAAUCUUCUUUUUUUGUUUUCCUCCCAAAUUGUAGAAUUGUAUCACAAUUUCUGUACUUUUGUACUAUAUUAGUUUGGAUACUUAUACAAAAUAAAGUUUUUAAUAUGUCUGUGUUUAUAAUGUAGGAUACAAUGUUCUAUGUUUAUGUAACAAAAUUUAAGUUCUUCUUUAUAAUUUUGUAUAUGGAAAUCUGAAUAAAGGCAUAAAAGCUUUAUACAAUUUUUGUUUACAACGUGUGUCUUUAAGAUAAGGUAAACGUCAUUGACAAUUGUCAGAGGCCUACUUAUCUUUUGAUUUCCGUAUAACAUUUAAGAUAUUGAGAAGAACUAAAACAAUUAUAUGCGUCAUAUAUAGGAGCAAACACUUCUCCUGAGAUAUGGUAUCUCUUUCCCGAUUUAUGAAUUUUGCUGUUUGUAUAUUCGAUCAAAAAAGAAGAAAAAAAUACAGUUGAUUGUAAUUUAAUCAUAUCACAUUUUAUUUUAAUUGAUUAAAUUUUAAUUUGAGAUUUGAAGGAAUAAAAAAGAAGAUAAUGUCAUACCACUUGGGAACUGAAAAACAUUCAAAAGGAAAACGAUGAAAAAAAAAAGGAUUAUAUAUAGCCUUCACUUUUGCGAAGAUUCAAUAUGUAAUUCCUGAAUUAAGACACAAAUGUCUUCCGUUGGUCUGGUUCGGUGGGUGGGUGGGCGAGUGGGCGAGUGGGUGAGAAAAGAAAGAAACAGACAAACAGAACACAAUAGGUUGAUCAGAUGUGGGUAACACAAAGGGAGAGGUCAUAAUAUGACGGAAGAUUUACACAAAGGAAGAAUGGUUGAAAGGAUCAAAGGAAUACACAAAAAUGAUGACAGGAAUCACACAUUACACAUGCAAAUUACGAUGAAUACAAUUACAUGUACACAAAAUAAUCAAAUUUAUUUUAAUGCAAAACUUUACAAACACAGUAGUCGUGCUAGUUCAAUGAAAUAGUUAAUCUUUUGAAGCCAAACGAUUGUUUUGUUCUUUAAUUUUAAAUGUAUUAUCAUGAUAAAAGAUUGAAAAAAAGUAAUUUGUUAAUGGAACCUACAAUGAUUUUGUCCUUUUGUGAAUGUUCACUCUAUAUGUAUAUAGUUGUUCCAUAAUUUGUUGUAAAAAUUAAUCUACAUUAGUAAUACA